UUUAUUGACGGCCUGUAUGUUUUGUCUAUAUGGAUUACAUUUAUACGUUUUGGAAUUUUCUUGGAUUUUGGUUUGAUGGGGUUGGAGGAUACUGAAUUUGGUGAAAUAGGUCGUGGCUUUUUCUUUGGUGGUUUGAGGUUGAGCUAGGUGGUGAUUACUAUGUGUUUGUGAAUAUGCAUGAAAGAGAAAGAGAGAAAAUAAUUGAUAGAUUCAGAGAGAGAAGGAUGAAGGAGACUGUGAUAGUGUCAAUUCUGGUUUAGGAGUGUGUGUGAGGUUAAAACAUAAUUAGAAAGAGAGGGAAGAGAGUUGGUUUGUUGUCAAUUGUGUCAGGAUUCAGUCACUCCAAAAGCCUGUAGAAGCUUCACUCAUGAUGCUUUGUGACGGUGUUUAAGUAUGGCUAACAGCAAAUAUGAGUAUGUCAAGUGUUUUGAAGUUGAGGAUGAGGUCAUGUUUCCUAAUAUCAUUCUUGUUUGGAUCAAGGCCAGUAAACUCCAUAAACCUCAUGAUUUAAAUGCCUUGAAAUUGAUGAACUCUUGCGCUGUUGAAGUUCUUGAAGAGUAUGCAGACGUAGUCCUUGCAUAUGGGUUCAGUGAUGAGUAUACUUUUGUUUUCAAGAAGACCUCCAAGUUCUAUGAAAGGCGUGCAAGCAAAGUGCUAUCCAUCUUUACUUCUUUUUUCUCAUCCAUCUUUGUGAGAAAAUGGGAUGAAUUCUUUCCAUACAAGGAACUACAAUGUUCUCCUUCCUUCCAUGGGCGAGUCAUAGCUUGUGCAUCUGUAGAAGCUCUUCAAGUGUAUCUUUUGUGGCGGCAGAAUAUUUGUCAUUUGACUAAUCUGCAUGAGCAAUGCCUUUGGCGUCUUGUUGAACGUGGAAUGAAUGGGAAGGAAGCAUGGGAUUUCAUCAAGGAUUUUGACAAAGGUGAGCUAAACAAUCUUUUAUUUGAUGAGUUCAAUGUCAAUUACAAUACACUAGAGCCGAUAUUCCGCCAAGGGUCUUGUGUUCUGAAGACAAUCGUUGAGGAUAUUGUGAAGUACACAGAUAAUGGUGCUCCAAUUAAAAGGUGCAAAAGGAAGAUAAUCACAGUGCGUUCCAAGAAAAUAGCAAGUAAGAGAUUUUGGAAUGAGCAUACUGUUCUUUUGAAGGAGCUUGGUGGGUUUGUUGAAGAAAUUAACAAUGUGACUCCCGAGUAUGUGAGGUCCUUUGAAUUUGAUAGCAAAUUGAUGCCGUCUACAUGGAUUGUAGUUCGAAUAGAUGGAUGCCACUUCCACAGGUUUUCUGAGAUACAUGAAUUUGUAAAGCCAAAUGAUGAUAGAGCUCUUAACUUGAUGAAUUUGUGUGCAGUCGCUGUCUUAGAAAAGUUUUGGGAGGAUAUAGUCUUUGCCUAUGGGGUUAGUGAUGAGUAUAGCUUUAUUCUUAAGAAAGCCACUAAUCUUUAUCAAAGGAGAGCUAAUACAAUAAUUUCAGCUAUUGUGUCUUUCUUCACAUCCACUUAUGUGAUGAGAUGGAAAAACUUCUUCCCACAAAGUGAGUUAAAGUACCCUCCUUCCUUUGAUGGACGAGCAGUGUGCUAUCCAUCUACUGAGAUUCUACGGGACUACCUUUCAUGGAGACAAGUGGAUUGCCACAUCAACAAUCAAUAUAACUCUUGUUUCUGGAAGUUAGUUGCAUCUGGAAAAAGCAAAAGGGAAGCCCAAAAUAGUUUAAAGGGUGCUCAGUUGCAAAAGAAAAUUGAGGAAUUGGCUAUUGACUACAAUAAUUUACCAGUCAUGUACCGACAAGGAUCCUCGGUUUAUAGGGACAAGGUAGAUAUUGCUCUAAUUCAUCAGGAGAAUGGAGAGUUUCCUGAAAAUUAUGGAAAGGUUAUUGUAGGACAUAUUGACAUUAUUGGACCAACCUUUUGGUUGGAACACCCAAACAUCCUUGAUUAAUAACUGUAUGUGAAGUGUAGCAUUUAGUCUGCUAAUUACAAUUCUCUUACUUUAUUUCUUGCUGCUGAAUUUUUUGGUUGGUUUGGUUUAA